AUGUCUUUCUACAGUGCUAAUAAUAGUGCUAAUAAUGGCGGUGGAUUUUAUCAGCCUUCCGCACAAUUUGCCGUUCCUCAGGGGUCUAUGAGUUUCCAAAAUACCGUGGGCUCUUCCAAUACUGGAAACGACAACAAUUUGGGUGUCGCCCCUGACCCUUUACCAGUAGGCAUUCUACAUGCUCUUUCCACAAAAGGGUAUGCGCAUGAACCUCCGUUAUUGGAAGAAAUUGGAAUUAAUUUCGAUCAUAUUAUAACAAAAACAAAAAUGGUUCUAAUACCAAUACGUUUUGGUAAUGGUGUACCACAAGAAAUUUUAAAUGAUUCAGAUUUGGCUGGGCCUUUGAUAUUCUUUUUGUUAUUUGGUCUUUUCCUGCUGAUGGCAGGGAAAGUUCACUUUGGGUAUAUUUAUGGUGUCGCUUUGUUCGGCACCAUUUCUUUGCACAAUUUAUCGAAAUUGAUGAGCAAUAACGAUACCUCCAUCCAAACAAACUUACAAUUUUUCAAUACUGCAUCUAUUUUAGGGUAUAGUUUUUUGCCUUUGUGUUUUCUUUCUCUACUGGGCAUUUUCCAUGGUUUAAAUAACACUACGGGUUAUGUUAUAUCGGUACUCUUUGUGAUUUGGAGCACCUGGACCUCUUCUGGGUUUUUAAAUUCUUUGUUGCAAUUGCAAAAUGCCAGAUUAUUGAUCGCUUAUCCAUUAUUGAUUUUCUACAGUGUUUUUGCCCUUAUGGUAAUUUUUGUCUGA